CGCCGAAGCCGAAGCCGCCCCAGCUCGUCCAGCCGUCGCUGCCCGCCCACUGCCACACCAAAACGUCAUUGUCCAGCAGCCCAACCCACACAAACCCCACACUACUGUUGCACCCUCCUAAAAAAUCAUCCGCUCAGGCGUUGUAGGGGACAAAACCAUGGCCCCCCACCACUAUGCCCCUCCAUUAUUAGCAAGACUCGUCAGGCCGACCCUGACGUACCGACUCGUACGCUGUCAUCUUUAUAAACUCCAUCCCCCGCAUCGGAAUUUGCUUGCAGAGCCAGAUUCCUCUUUUGCUAGAUUCAUCUCAUCUGCGCACACGCUGCAUUGCUUUCGUCCGAUCUUGCAACCAGCCCGCGAUAGCCGCCGUUUGUUUGCAACGACCCCUCAUUCCCCCAACAUCACCAAGCCUACCACAACUACCACAACUAUGGCCUACGAGAACUACGAGCAGGUCCUCGCCGCCGGCAAGUACCCUGCCAAGGAGCAUGCCAAGCGUGCUGUUCAGCAUAUGCGCGAGAAUGGCGUCGAAGCCAACGGUAUCUUCUACUUUGAGUCCACCAUGACCAAGAUGCAGGAGAACAACGACUCUCCCGAGCACUUCCGCCAGCGCCGUUUCUUCUACUACGUUACCGGCUGCAACUUGGCUGACUCCCACUUCAUCUACGAUAUCCAGACCUCUAAAUCCAUCCUCUUCAUCCCCCCUGUUAUUGACGAGGAGGUCAUCUGGUCCGGUAUCCCCACCACCGUUGAGGAUGCCCUCAAGGAGUUUGACGUCGAUGAGGUCCGCUCUACCACCGAAGUCAACCAGGUUUUGGCCGAGCUUGCCGCUGCCUACCCCAACUCCACUGUCUACACCAUCGACAACCACGCUUCCGAGGGCAUCAACGUCGCUGCCUUCCCCAAAAACGACCCCAAGUCGGCCAAGAGUGCCAUCGAGACCUGCCGUGUCGUCAAGGAUGAAUACGAGAUUGCCAUGAUCCGCAAGGCCAACUACAUUGCCUGCCUCGGCCACGAGGCUGUCAUCAAGCGCGCCAAGUCGGCCAAGACUGAGUCUGAGCUCGAGGCCACUUUCCGCGAGCGCUGCAUUGCCCACGGCGCCAAGGAGGUUCCUUACCACCCCAUUGUCGCUGCUGGCUCUGCCGGUGCCACUCUUCACUACGUCGACAACACCCAGCCUCUUGAGGGCAAGCUCAACCUGCUCAUUGACGCUGGUUGUGAGUACAACAACUAUGCUUCCGACAUUACCCGAACUUUCCCUCUCAACGGCAAGUUCACCCAGGAGUCUCGCAACAUCUACGAUAUUGUCUACAAGAUGAUCAUCGACACCUCCAACGGCCUCAAGGGCGGCGUUCUGUACGACGACCUCCACGUCCAGGCUCACAAGAUUGCCAUUGACGGACUUUUGGCUCUUGGCAUCCUCAAGGGUGACAAGGACGAGAUCUUUGCUGCCCGCACCAGCACUGCUUUCUUCCCCCACGGUCUUGGCCACAACCUCGGCCUCGACUGCCACGACACUGGCGGCAACCAGAACCGCCAGGACGCCGACAAGCUCUACCCCAACCUGCGUCUGCGCGGAACCGUCCCUACUGGUUCUGUCGUGACCAUUGAGCCCGGAAUCUACUUCUGCGAGUUCAUCAUUAAGCCUUUCCUCUCCGACCCCGUCCACAGCAAGUUCAUCGACGCUGCCGUCCUCGACAAGUACUGGACCGUUGGUGGUGUCCGUAUCGAGAACAACAUUGUCGUUACCGAGAGCGGCCACGAGAACCUCACCACCGCCCCUAUGAGCGCCACCGAGAUUGAGGCCCUUGCUGCUUAAAUUAAAAUCUUAUCACGAAAUUGUAAGGUAUACCACAAAAUAAAAAGUAAAACGUAGUAAAGUUAAAUUGAAACGAUGGAUUCCCAUGGUCGGAUUGAUUCUCUAUAGAUAACCGUAUCGUUCCCCUGGGUCAAUUAGCAUUGCACCAUGCAAAUCGAGCAUCGCAAAUUAGUGACCGUGUCCCAUCUCUAGUGACAACAUUGUAAGGGUGAAUUCACCAUUUCGAAUAAUUGCACUUUUCAGACCUUUUCAAUUAUCGAUGCGCCUACCAGCGCGACCCAAGUUGGCC